AUGAAGACGUGGAAGUUUGGAUCUCCACACCGUCUUCCAGAGGAGAAGGAUCUCAACAUCCUGGCAAAUAGAGGCCCAGAUAGCCACGGAUGUGAUCUCAGCACACCCCCAAAACCCAGCAGCAGCACAGAGGAACAACAUCCUCACGAGAGCACUGCUGAUGCUGCUGAGGGAAACGACCAGGAGAGGAAGGUGAUGGAGAAAGUGAAGAAGAAAAAGAAGUGGUGGAGGGUGGCCUCUUUGUUUGGAGCUGUGAAGAAACAUCUGAAGCGCAGCUCGAACCCAGUUCAGGGUGAAGAAGAGCUGCAGCAAGAGCAAGAGCAGAGUGAGGGAGUGAAGAACCAGAAAGAACAGAAAGCCAGAUACAGUGAUGCAUCUUGUUUGGUCUCUAAUUGCCACUACCAGCUGGGUGAUCUGCUGGGUGAAGGUGGAUUUGGUUCUGUGUAUGAGGCUAGACGUUUGGAGGAUGACCUUAAAGUGGCGGUCAAAUAUGUUAAUAAGACCAAAAACUACAGGGAAAGUUUAUACAUUCCUGGAUAUCAGCAACUUGUUCCACUGGAGAUCGCCCUCACAAUCCUGGCAAAUAAAGGCCCCAGAGUGCCAGAGAUCAUCCAGCUGCUGGACUGGAAGGACUACGAUGACCAUUUCGUCAUGAUCCUUGAAUGUCCCUCUCCUUGCGAGACUUUGGAAGACUUUGUGGGGCGUCAGGGUGGAAGUCUCAACGAGAGCUUAGCACGGCGAGUCAUGAUGCAGGUGGCUCAGGCUGCGAACGUGUGCUGCCAGCGCCAAGUGUUCCACCGUGACAUCAAACUGAACAACCUUCUCAUCAACAACCAGACACUUGAAGUCAAACUAAUUGACUUUGGGUGUGGGGAUAUUCUGAGGACAACAGUCUACAUGUCAUACUCUGGCACAGCAACAUACUCCCCUCCUGAGUUUCACAUAAAGGGAAAGUACCACGGCAAGCCUGCGACGGUUUGGUCACUGGGGGUUCUGUUAUUUAAAAUAGUGGCUGGAUAUUAUCCAAGUUUCUUAGAUCUGCACAUACUCAAACUGAACCUCUGGUCCAAAACUGGUCUGUCAAACGAAUGCUGCAGAUUGCUCCGCGUUCUCCUGCAAAUAAAGCCAAAGAACCGAAUUCAACUGGAGGAAAUCCUUUCCCACAAGUGGUUUACGGUCACCACAUAA